AUGGAGAUUCAGUUUACGCUGCCGAUAAACACCGCCAAGGGCGAGGGCGGCACUACAAGCACAUUUACAGGCCUCUCAACUCCAGCAUCCUCAUCAAGAGGUCGAGGCGGUGUCCAUCGCUUUGCUCUAGACACGAGAACGAGGCACACUCGACGCAGCUCCACCCGCGCACGCACAGGCUGCAACACUUGUAAGAAACGCCAUGUCAAAUGCGACGAGACCCGGCCAGCCUGCCUCAACUGCAUGAAAUGGCGCGGCUACUGCGAUUCCUACUCGGAUGCUUCCGACUCUUCUUCACAACUCCAGCCCCGCGCUUCAUCGUCCAAUACAAAGCUCAUCCACACUAAAAAGGCUCCUUUGCUCAUCAUUGAGCCAUCCGUCAACAGCAUCCGCUUCGCCAACAAUGACCAGCGAGACUACUUUGCCGAGUGGUCUAAUCUCUCCGUCACCUACCUCGGCGGCUUUUUGGACCAGACUCGCCUCUGGACGGCCACAAUGCCUCAGGUCACACUGGAAGACAACACUCUACGAUACGGCGCCAUGGCUGUGGGGGCGCUCCGAAAGGCAUAUCAGGUCCAAGGCUCAGAGAUGGGGCUUGAGCUUAACAAUCGGCACUAUAUGAAUGCCAUUGUCUAUUAUUGCGAGGCCCUCCGCAUGCAGUCUGAAAUGAAGCCCACGAGAGAGGGUCUGAGGACAGCAUUGCUUUCUUCCCUGUUAUUUGUGUGCUUUGAGUCUCAGCGAGGCAAUGUACCUGCCGCUCUCAAGCAUGUAACUCACGGCUUUACCAUGCUCAACGAGCUCGCCAACUGCACUGAUAGAGCACCCGAUCUUGUUAGCAUUGCUCCCGCGCCGCCGGCCCUUGUACAAGACAUCUUGGACUGCUAUAAACCCCUAGAGCUGCAGUCAAGGUCCUUUAUGGGGUCGUAUAGAAAAUACUUUGUCUUGCCACAACCUCCUUCUGGGCAAACUGGCCAGCAGCCUUCAUCACCUUCACCAUCAUCAUCCUCUUCGGCACAUGCUUCUCCUUCACCACUGCUGCUGUCGUCACAAAACCUGCCACAGCAACAAACAAGCAGCAGAGACUCUUCCCUUCAACCAACAGCUCGGAGCUCCUCAAGCCAGCCUGAGACGCCUCUUGGAUCCUCUCAUCAAAGCCCUCAGCCAACGGGUCUUCCAAGUCCGCAGAGCCAGGGCAAUCCAUCCUCUCCUCAAGCUCCCCCCUUUAGACGACCGCCUGGAAUAAUUCCAUUUACCAAAAAUUCUCCGUACUUUCGACCCAAGCUAACCAACAUUGUCUCCAUAGACGACAUGCCGCGUGCGUUCAAGUCGUGGGAUGAAAUGCGUGACUACUGGGGUCUGGUCCAGCGCCAGAUGGUGCGCCAUGUGCCAAUGCUGAACAAGCUAACUUCUGAGCUUGCUCUCCACAGAACAGUCGACGUGGCCGAAAUAGAGAGGAAGUUUGGGAGCCUCAGAUCAAACCCGACGCUGGUCAAGUUCAUCGCAGAGACUCGGUACUGGCUGCAGCGCUGGACCGAAACAUACGAGCCCAUGCACCAAGCCAUCAUGCAAAACGCCAAAACCAACCGUUCUCUCUAUCUACAAGCCCUGAGUAUUCGUAUCGAGUAUCUGAUCCUCUACAUCUACACGGCUGUGCCGCGCUACUCGAGCCUCAUUACUGUCAGAGGCCUCACUCCCCAAUAUCGCGAGAUCAAUGCUCUCGCCGAAGAGCUGCUGCAGUCCCGACCCAACUGUGGCUUUGCCAUGGAUGCCGGAUACACCUGGCCUUUGUUUGUCGUCUCCUUUGGCUGCCGAAACCGGCAAGUCAGAGAAGAUGCAAUCCGAAUCCUGGGCCAAUAUCCCAUCCGCAACGCCCUUCGCGAUAGUCGAGUCUUCAGAGCCAUUGCCAUCAAGAACAACGAAACAGAAAUCGUCAACGAGAUUGAGGGCGACGAGAAUGAGCAGUGGAUGCGCCUCAGACGCCGCGAGCUCAUCUUUGAAGACUUUGGCUCCAGCAUCAUCUUUCGGUUCGUGCAAAAGGACCCCGUCACAGGGAAUUGGGAUCUGGUGGAGGAAGUGGCCGACUAUGGCGUCGGAUCCAAUGGUCGACUGGCAUGGCGGAGGCAGCCAAUUUCCGAAACAGAGUCGAUUCUCUCUGGCGUAUGUUGA